AACUUACAAUCAGAAUGUGAUUUUUUAUUGUGUAAUCUGUGUUUACUAUUAAAGUGACCUCAGCUCUUGCCUUUAAAUCAGUCGUUCUAUUUUCCAGUUAAUGUCUUGCCCUAAUGGUGUAAUGAGAUGAUAAAAGUGUCUGAAAUAAAACUGUAUAAAUGGUUGAUUUAAAAUACUGUCCUGCCUCGUGUAAAAAUAAAUCUAAAAACACGAUUUCUAGUAAAUACUGGGUUAUUUCGUUGCAUUCACGGACCGGUUUCAAAGUAUUUCACAACAUCACUGAGGUAUCCUACUACACUGUCGCCACCUGGAAGACGCACCUGAUUGGUUGACGCGUCUUCGCCCCACCCUCUUCUGAUGACUACAGAGGAAUCUGAUUGGCUGCCAAAGAGUUCCGCACAGAGAAACACGUUCGGGGGGCGUGUCCACCUGCAAACGACCGGACGGGUAAAGCAGAGUGGGUUGGAUGCUAACAGUCCUGUCCGUUCAUCUGUGCACUGUACCGCUUCAUAUUCUUACAAGAGGCUGACCAUGAGGCCUAACAGUCAUGCAGCCAAACUCAAGUCAUCACACAGCACGGAGAGGGAAUUCGGAGGAACCUUGGGUGCUGUUUGCAUCCCCGUCUUUCUUCCGUUGACGGUGCUGUUCCUCAUCUCUGUGAGUCGAUCCCCUGAAGCCUCUGUGCUCCAGUGGCCCCCCGCCCUCCCCUCCUCGGACCAGCUCUGGGACCCGCUGGCCCCUGUGGUUCUGCUGGGCUGGAUGGGUCUGCACAUCCUCCUCUAUUUUCUGCCCGUAGGAAAGGUGUCUGAUGGGUUAACGCUGAGAGAUGGAUCACGCCUCAAGUAUCCUAUAAAUGGUUUCCAUGCCCUGUGCAUCAGCUCGGGGUUGGUGAUGUUGUUUCUGGGGCUGGGGGCUCCUCUGGGCCGUCUGUUUGAGCUGCUGCCGCCUCUGGCUGUGUGUGCGAUUGGAGCGUCGUUCCUAUUCUCCAUCUAUCUCUACAUCCGCUCCUUUUGGGCUCCUUCCCAUGCUCUUGCUUUAGGGGGGAACACAGGAAAUCCCUUGUAUGAUUUCUUCAUUGGACGGGAGCUGAACCCCCGGAUCGGAAGUUUUGACCUGAAAUAUUUCUGUGAACUCAGGCCAGGUCUGAUCGGCUGGGUGGUCAUAAACCUCGGUAUGCUGAUGAAAGAGGUGGAGCUUCGGGGUUCCCCCUCCCUCGCUAUGAUCCUGGUCAACUGUUUCCAGCUCCUGUACGUGGCAGACGCUCUCUGGAAUGAAGAAGCUGUUCUGACCACCAUGGACAUAGUGCAUGAUGGAUUUGGCUUCAUGCUGGUCUUCGGUGAUCUGGCCUGGGUUCCCUUCACAUACGGACUUCAAGCUGCCUUCUUGGUUGUUCACCCACAGUCCCUGAGUGCACUGGGAGCUGCUGUAAUAAUAGUACUGAAUGGUAUUGGAUAUUAUAUCUUCAGAAAAUCCAACUCACAAAAGAACCAGUUCAGAAGAGAUCCUACACAUCCAAGUGUUUCAAAACUCGAGACCAUCGCCACGGCAACAGGGAAACGGCUGCUGGUGUCCGGCUGGUGGGGGCUCGUUCGUCAUCCCAAUUACCUCGGAGACCUCCUGAUGGCCCUGGCCUGGUCUCUGCCAUGUGGUUUUUCACAUCUCCUGCCUUAUUUCUAUGUCGUAUAUUUCACCAUCCUGCUGAUUCAUAGAGAGGCCCGUGAUGAGAGACAGUGCAGGGACAAAUAUGGAGUUGCAUGGGACACCUACUGCCGACGCGUCCCCUACAGGAUCUUUCCUUAUAUAUAUUGAAGUGCAAAGCAGCUGGACCCAAACUGUCACACUGUGUCCACAUACACCGAGCAGUAAUGUGAAUGUGCUCUCAGUUAUUCUGGUGCUCCUUCAAAACCUGCAGGGACCUCACAUUUUUAAUAACUUCUACAAUUCUUCACAAAAUAAUGACUGAUGGACCACCCCGCCGCACAUUUAUUAACAUGAUAUGAGUUUGAUGAAGGUAAAGUCAGUCUGCAUUAUGUUCCCAGUAGAUAAAACUUUGGUCUAAUUUAAAUCUUUCUCAACUUAACCCAUCAAAAAUUCAUUAUCUUUCCAUUGUUAGAAGCAGUAAAUCUGCAAUGCCUCCCUUAUAAAGAGAGACAGAUUGUUGUAAUAAUGAAGGAGAACCCUGAGAAAACCCAGAACUUUUCAUAUCCAUAUAAACACCAGUGCCUUUUUUGGUCAAAAGGGGAACAUAAUGUCCUACUUUGUACCUUUUUUAUGUUUUCUAUUGAGUCCGUUUUAUGUAAAGUGCAUUGUAAAUCUUGAAAAAAUGAAUAAAAAAGGCUAU